AUGGCUGCAUCGCUGUUGUGUAUCCGUGCGGAUGAGCUCCAGGAAGCGCUGACCUCUCACUGUGUGGUCACACGGGGCGAAACCAUCGUCAGAUCAAACACAGCGGAGAAGGCCACUGAGGUACGGGACGCCAUGGGCAAAGCCCUUUAUGGACGCCUGUUCAGCUGGAUCGUCAACCGCAUCAACUCUCUCCUGAAACCAGACAACGACAACCAGUCAGGGGAGGAAGACAAAGGUCUAAACAUCGGUAUUCUGGACAUCUUUGGCUUUGAAAACUUUAAGAGGAACUCUUUUGAGCAGCUCUGCAUCAACAUUGCCAAUGAGCAGAUCCAGUUCUACUUCAACCAGCACGUCUUCGCCUGGGAACAGGAUGAGUAUCUGAACGAAGACGUGGAUGCUCGAGUGAUUGAAUAUGAAGACAACCGGCCGCUGCUGGACCUAUUCCUUCAGAAGCCCAUGGGCAUGUUAGCGCUACUGGACGAGGAGAGUCGCUUUCCUCAGGCUACUGACCAGACCCUCGUCGAGAAAUUUGAGGACAACUUAAAGUCCCAAAACUUCUGGAGACCAAAGAGGGUUGAUCUGGGCUUUGGAAUCCAUCACUACGCAGGCAAGGUGAUCUAUAAUGCCGGCGGUUUUCUGGCUAAGAACAGAGAUGCUCUGCCCGCUGAUAUUGUUCUUCUGCUGAGGUCCUCAGAGAAUGAACUGAUCCGUAAACUGCUUACUCACCCGCUCACUAAAACAGGUAACCUGGCUCACACUAAAGGCAAGGCUGCGGGAUCUGCUUGUAUGGGCACACAACAAUCACAAGGCACCAUUAACUUUGCCAAGCUGGAGGGUCUUAUGUUGUUCAGUAUUGUAUCAUUCGGUGAGUCUUCCUCUCGGAAAUUAACUCCCACCCAUGACAAAACAAUGCUUGCCUUGCCUGUUGACACUGUACAAACGGCGGAGAGCACAGGAGACACCACACAUCACCCCAGAGAGACCACCAACAUGAAGACUCAAACUGUGGCCUCUUACUUCAGAUAUUCUCUAAUGGACCUGUUAUCAAAGAUGGUGGCAGGCCAGCCUCACUUUGUGCGUUGCAUAAAACCCAACAAUGAUCGGCAAGCCCAUAAGUUUGACAGGGAGAAGGUUCUAAUCCAAUUACGCUACACUGGUAUUCUAGAGACGGCCAAGAUACGCAGACAGGGCUACUCUCAUCGCAUUCUCUUCAACAACUUCAUUGAAAGAUACUCUAUAUUGGCAUUUAGAGCCAAUGAGGAGCCAGCAAUGAAUCCUGAGACAUGUGCUGUUAUUUUGGAGAAGGCCAAACUAGAGAACUGGGUUCUAGGAAAAACAAAGGUAUUUCUUAAGUACUAUCAUGCGGAGCAACUGAAUCUGAUGGUGAGGCAGACCACGGACAGGAUUGUUCUGGUCCAAGCAUAUGUACGGGGCUGGCUGGCAUUUAAACGAUACCGUUUGGUGCUGGAAAUGCGAGAACAAAGUGCUGUGGUGUUGCAGUCAGCAUACAGAGGACACAAAGUUAGGAAAAGAGUGGCUGAUGACAAAAGCAAAGCAAAGUCAGAAGCUGUUAUCACACAAUUCCAAGCAGUUUGCAGAGGAUAUCUGGCAAGGCAGAAAUACAAGGAGUUGCUAGAUGAGAAGAACAAAGCUGCUGCAAAGAUCCAGGCCCAUUACAGGGGGCACAAAGAGAGGAAAAGCUUCAAGAGGAAAAAGGAAGCCAUGCAGAAGGAAAAAGCUGAGAAGACAGAGGAAGUGACGGAGGUCCCAUCAGAAUCAGAAGGUCCAGUUACAGAGGAACCUCCACAGGAAGGAGGUGAAGUGGUAAUGGAUGAAGCUGAUGAAAAGGCUGCUGUGGUCCUCCAGAGCAACUACCGAGGUUACAGAGAAAGGAAGAACUACAAGGAGCAUCGGGAACGUAACAAAACUUUAACAGGGGAUGAGCUGGGCGUUUCCUCAUCCACCCCUGAAGAAGUCACUCCUGGAGAAGAUGUGGAUGCUAUACAAGAGGAAGUACAGGAGAAUAUGGAGGAAGAAGGGAAGGAGGCUGAGGAAGAGGCUGCAAGUGGAGGAGAUGAGAACAAUGAACAGGAAGCCAAGGCAGCCACUGUUAUCCAGAGCAACUUCAGAGGUCAUAAAGAACGUAAAAGACUCCAAGAGGAGGGGAAGAUGCCAGUUAGAGGGAAGAAGGAGACAAAGAGUCCUCCAGUUGAAGAGGAGCUUCCUAUUCCAGAUCCACCACCUCCAGAAGAACUGAUGGAAUUCACUGAGGACAUGGAACAGGAGGAUGAGGCUCCAGUUGAACCACCAGGAGAAGAUGAAGAGGCCAAAGCUGCUGUGGUUCUUCAGAGCAACUUCCGUGGCCACAAAGAGCGUAAAAGGCUACAGGAGGAAGGCAAAAUCCCCAAGAAAAAGCCAAAAGAAGAUAUGGCUAAUCCAGAUGCUUCAGAACCAAGCAUUUCUCUUGAGGAACUCCCACCACCUCCAUUAGAAUUCGAGCUAGACCAAGACCCAGAUUCCAGUCAGUCUCCAGGGGCAGAUGAAGAACAUGCUGCAACUGUUUUACAGAGCAAUUUGAGAGGCCACCAGGAGAGAAGAGCAGAGAGAGAAGGAGCCACUGGAAAAGAGCAAGAAAUGGUUGAAGACAUGGAGGAACAGGAGAAUGGGGAAGCUCUGGACAUCACAGAUGUUCAGCUGGAACGGAAGGGGGUAGAAGAAGAGGAGGAUUUUCAGGCUGAGGAAGCCAAAUAUGAUGAGGAGCAGGCAGCCAUUAAAAUCCAGAGCAAUUUUAGAGGUUACAAAGACAGAAAGAACCUGAAAGCUACAUCACAAAAACAGGAUGAGGAAGUGGAGGCACUCUGCAAACAGGUAACCAAGGUCUCUGAAGAUUUCUUAUCACUGCAGAAGAAGUUAAAUGAAAUCAUACAUGCCCAUCAGCUCAACCCCAGCGAAAAUGGAAUGUUUGUGAAAGGACAACCUAUGAAUGGUUACAUGAGCUACUACCAGCCACCAGCCGACACAAUGCAGUCACGAACGUCUCGCCGCACACAGCAACCAAAGACCCUGAACACACCAGAGGACUCCACAUACUACACACUCAUUCAUAGGUCUGUCCAGGACGAUAAAAGGAGGCCAAGAAAGCAAAGCCCCAAAAGGCUGGACAAUGAUGACCAAUACUACCAGGGUUUGUCCAGCACAAAGUCCACAAGCCUGCCCAGUGACAGACGCCGCUCCAGCAAACGGAGGUCUUCCACUGAAAGAAGAAGCUCUUCUGAGAGACCACGGUCUGAUGUCCCCAAAUCUGACCUCCCUAAGGACCCAACGGAGAAAAGGCACUCGUUCUCUAGAAUGCCCUCUACGGAGAGUCAAAGUGAGGACAACCCUUAUGACUACAGAAAGAUACUGAGGAAGACCUCCCAGAGACGAAAGCUAAUAACACAGCCCUAACCAUCAAGCUUCAGAACUGAUCAGUGACUGAUGAAGUCAGCAGAAAAUAAAGGAAUUCGGGUUCAGCUAAAAAUGACAUUUCUGCCAUCAUUUACUCACCGUUAUGUCAUUCCAAACCCAUAUGGUUUUCUU